AACGCAGUGAACGAUGAGGAAAAUUGAUAAUAAAAUUUUUGCAUCGAAUAGUCGAAUCAGUUAAUGAGUUACGUUUUGCGGAACUGCAGGUUAGUUGCAUGGCGGACAUUGGCUUGACAAGACGUACGGCACGGAAGUUCCCGAGUACGACCGACUAAUUGCGAAAGCCUUCAGAAACAACAACCGUCGGCCCUUCCUAAAGGAAGAUCUGUGUGCUGUGAUUUAUCACUCAGGGGGCCGAAACACGCGCAACAACGGACAACCCCACAGGACCGGGGGGUGCUUCUCGUGUCUCGGGAGGAAGGUCAGGGUUUACAAAGUUACCUUGACUGUAACAGUCAUACACACCAGCUGCCUCUUUUUCACACCCAAAAUCAAUCACCCACCAUCCGUGUUCGCAAUCACUUUUGUGAAAUACACUGAAAUUAAAAAGAAAAAUUCGAUGCCUUCCAGGGACGAUAUUCGCUCCCUAUCCACUGAGCAACGCUGGAUCCCUCCUUCAACUGUUAGACGCGAUGCACUCACCCCAGAAAGCAGAAAUGAUCUCAUCUUUAGAAAGGUGCGGGGUAUUCUUAAUAAGCUUACGCCGGAAAAGUUCGCAAAGCUGAGCAACGACCUGCUCAACGUUGAGCUUAAUUCUGAUGUGAUUCUCAAAGGUGUCAUUUUUUUGAUCUUCGAAAAAGCACUUGAUGAACCCAAGUACAGUUCUAUGUACGCACAGCUGUGCAAACGGCUGUCUGACGAAGCUGCAAACUUUGAACCGCGAAAAGCACUCAUUGAAAGUCAAAAAGGCCAAAGCACAUUCACAGUUCUCCUUCUCAACAAGUGCAAAGACGAGUUUGAAAAUCGUUCAAAGGCGAGCGAGGCAUUCGAAAAUCAGGAUGAACUUGGCCCAGAGGAAGAGGAACGCCGACAGGUGGCCAAGCGUAAAAUGCUUGGCAACAUCAAAUUCAUCGGAGAACUGGGGAAAUUGGGGAUCGUGUCGGAAACGAUUUUACACCGUUGCAUCCAGCAAUUAUUGGAGAAGAAAAUGCGAAGGAGAUCCAGGGGGGACACUGCCGAGGAUAUCGAAUGCCUCUGUCAAAUCAUGCGUACCUGCGGCCGUAUCCUUGACUCGGAUAAAGGCCGCGGACUCAUGGAUCAAUAUUUCAAACGUAUGAACUCCUUAGCAGAGAGCAGGGAUCUUCCUCUACGCAUCAAGUUUAUGCUGCGUGAUGUUAUUGAGCUACGCCGUGAUGGCUGGGUACCGCGUAAGGCUACCAGCACUGAAGGUCCAAUGCCCAUCAAUCAAAUCCGCAGUGAUAACGAAGAGUCUUCGAGGGGAAAUGGCUUCCAUAGACGUGAGGAUCGCCUCGGAGCUGAAUUUCUAAGGAAAAUGGGACGUGGCGGAUUAGACAUGGACAUGAUGGGAGGUAUACCGUUGACCUCUCCGUCGUUCGGCAUGCCAUCUCCAUUCAGCCCCAACGGAUUUUCUGGAUCUCCCGGGGUUGCUUAUGGUCGUCAUAAUCAACGUAACCAGCCGGGUUACUAUCAGAACCAGAAUCGUCAUCAGAACAACUAUCAAGGGAAACACAAUCAACAGCAACAUAAUUCGCCACAAAACUUUAAUAACAAUAGCAAUAAAGAACAAUUACGCUUCAAUAAAAAUAAGAUGUUGAUUGGACAUCCGGAAGAAGUUUCACUAAGACCAUCGGCUAAUUCUAUGAUGUUUAAACAAACCAAUAUCAAUCCCAACCUACCUCUCAAUAGUGAUCUGUUCACGGGACGAGCAUCGGAAUUACCUCUUCUACGUACUAGCACAUUGAAACCCAGCUCGCCAUUAUUGCACAAGGAAUUGUCACCAGCGAUCGUGAUAAAGCAAGGUCCUGUCGACAAACGAGAGAAAGCUCGCGAUAGAAAGGACAAAGGAACUUCUAGAGAGGAGAUACUGAAGAAAGUAAACUCCUUGAUGGAUGAUCUUGUUUCUCAUACGAACAUGCAGGAUGCAAUAACAGCUUUUCAAGAUCUUAAGAUACCUGAACGAUUUUUACGUCAUGCAAUUUAUACGUUAUACUCUAAUACAUUAGAUCGUGGAGAUUCUGAGCGAGAACUCGCAGCUAAACUGAUAGUUGAAUUGGAGAAAGCAGACGUGAUCACUGUACAGCAGAUACAUGAGGGAUGGAAAGAAUUAGUAUCCAAUAUUCCAGAAAAAGAGAGUACUGUGCCUUGUGUAGCUUCUCACGUUGCCUUCUUAACAGCCAAGGCGAUUGUGGAUAAUUUAAUUCAAUUAAACGAUCUUGUUGCUGUGACAGAGAACGGUCAGCAUCAUCCGCUGUUUUUACUUACACUUCAGCAGUUACAUAAAAGCCAAGGCAAAGCGAGACUCACGCAGAUCUUUAACGAGAGCAAGGUGAAUCUUAUUAGCCAGUUACCCGAAGCAGACAAGACAAAAGAAAGACUUGCAGAGAUCUUGGAGGACAGAGAAUUGACUUUCCUUUAUCCACUUCUUAAGAUCCAGGGAGAUAUCUGGCGUCAAUUAGAAUAUGACCCAAAUCCUAAUACUCUUUACAAAUGGAUCAAAGAAAAGCUAGAACCUUCGCAUCAUUCUGAUUCAGAGUUCAUUAAUGCUUUGAUGAACGUUCUUCUGAAAUACAUUACACAGGAAACAAUACUGGCACCUGGUGUUGAUCCUUCUAGUGUAGGCAAAUCAGUAAUAGAUAAAGAAAAGGCAUUACUGGAAAAAUAUGCACGUUUGAUGCGUUUACUCUUCGUCGAUAUAGAGUCUCAAGUGACAGCCCUGCAUGCACUUCAAGCAUUUUGGUUCUCGCACAAUUUUCCAAAAGGGAUGUUAUUACGAUGGUUUGAUGGACUUUACCGAUUAGAGGUGAUUGAAGAAGAUGCCUAUUUCAAAUGGAAGGAAUGCGUCACUGAUGCUUAUCCGGGCAAGGGUAAAGCGUUAUUCGAGGUCAAUAGUUGGUUAACAUGGUUAGAUAAUGCAUCCACGGAAGAAGAAAGUGAUGACCACAACGACGAUGACGACAACAAUAAAAACUACAGAAUGCAAAAACUGUGAGAAGAAUACGUUCUUCCGGCUACCUAUAAUUUGGAAUAGGAUUUUGCUAUCUAUAUUACUGGACCAGGCGGUUUCAGUUUACUAAUUGAGUUGUCUCCAUCCAUUGCCACAAACAUCUUUUUAGUCUGUGUCAAGCCCUCGUUCAA